AUGGCAUAUCUUACCCGGACAACUGUGUAUAACAUCGAAGAUUCUAAUAUCGCGCUUUUAGGAUCCAACAUUGAAAAGCACGUUAGAGAGGAAGCCGGAGAAGGGGAGAGCGCAUGGGAGGAUGCAGGGAAAUCUGCCGGUCUUCAGAUAUGGCGGAUUGAAAAGUUCAAAGUGGUCCCAUGGCCGAAAGAGCGUAAUGGCUCGUUCUAUGAUGGCGAUUCGUAUAUAAUCCUUCAUACAUUUAAGAAAUCCCCGGAGGCAAAAUCAUUUUCAUAUGAUCUUCACUUUUGGCUUGGGCAAAAUACUACUCAGGACGAAGCUGGAACGGCCGCCUACAAGACUGUUGAGCUAGACGACUAUCUGCACGGGAGGCCUGUACAAUUCAGAGAGGUUCAAGGAUUUGAAUCUCCUCGAUUCCUAUCUUAUUUCCAUCAAUUCCUUUGCCUUAAAGGAGGGGUUGAGACGGGUUUUCACCAUGUCUCCGACACUUUACCCCCGAAUAUUCGAAAGCUUUAUCGUGUUAGUUUGUUUAAGAGUAGAGAAGGACGGUCCAGUCUUGUGGUUCGAGAGGUACCUGCGACUGCUGAUAGCCUCGUUGCCGGCGAUGUCUACAUUUUGGAUAAGGGAGAUAACAUCAUGCAAUUUAAUACGAAUGGGAGCGCAGGACAGGAGAGAUUUAAAGCUGCAGAAUUUGUUCAAAGUUUGCUCAACGAACGGAAGAGUCAAGCCGAUGUUGUGGUCUACGACGAAGGUGGAUCUGGGGCAGGAAUAUUUCUGCACGAAUUUGGUGAACAGACGAAGCUCAAACCAGCCGAUUUGCACUCAAUGAACCUCACCGAAGUACACCCAAUCCUAUAUCGCAUCUCUGAUGCCACAGGAACCCUUGUUUUUGAAAAAGUAGCACCUGUCUCAAAGGAUUCUUUGUCAUCCGAAGAUGCCUUUCUACUUGACCACUCCGACGGCGCUUCUUAUCCUGCAAUAUAUGUCUGGAUAGGCCGAAAUGCUUCCUUAAAUGAGAGGCGCCUGUCGAUACAGUACGCUCAACGCUAUCUAUACGACAAAAAAAUCAAAUCCGCUUCAGAAAGUGUUCGAGUCGCUAUACCCGUUGUCAAGAUGCAAGAAGGAGAAGAAACUGAUGAAUUUAUGGAAGUUUUCUAA